UUGUAACUUCACAUCGAGCUGCUGACUUUUCAUUUCAGCCUCACACUGCUGGAAACUCACGGCGAUGACCCGGAAGCAGCGCUAUAAAAGCGGGGUCACCUGCAAACUCAACCUUAGAUUCUCUCACCUCAAGUCAGGGACAGCUUCUUCAGAGAAGAUGUCAAGCUCCAAGAAGAUGGACAAUAAGAGUGCCAUCAAAGGGUACAGGCAGCUGACCGGCAUCAUGGGUGUCAUGAACGACCUGAGAAAAGAGGGUGAACUCUGUGAUGUGGCCCUGGUGGUUCAGGGGAGACGUUUUCCCGCCCACAGAGUAGUGCUAGCUGCUGCCAGCCACUUCUUCAGGGUCAUGUUCACCACCAGAAUGAUGGAGUCAGUGUCCAGUGAGGUGGAGCUCAGGAGUGCUGAUCCUAAUACUGUUGAGUUGUUGAUUGAAUACAUUUACACGGCACAAAUCGCAGUGAACAGCAGUAAUGUUGAGUCAUUGCUGGAUGCAGCCAACCAGUACCAGAUUGAGCCUGUAAAGAAGAUGUGUGUGGAGUUUCUUAAAGGACAGAUUGACGCAACAAACUGCCUCGGUAUUUCAUCCCUUGCAGACUAUAUGUACUGUCCAGAGCUGAAGGCAGCAGCAGAGGACUUUGUCCAGCUCCACUUCACUGAAGUCUAUAAACUUGAUGAAUUCCUGCAGCUGGAUGUUACACAGCUCACACGCAUCCUGCACCAGGACAAACUCACAGUCCGUGCUGAGGCCCAGAUUUAUGAUGCUGCUGUGCGCUGGCUGAAGUACGAUGUGUGUAACAGACAACAGUACAUGGUGGAGGUGUUGGGGUGCGUUCGCUUUCCUCUGCUCUCCAAAACCUUCCUCUCCAUGAUUAUGCAGGCUGAGCCUCUCAUCCAGGACAACCCACAGUGCCUCAAGAUGGUCCUCAGUGGGAUGUGCUACCACCUGCUGUCUCCGGAGGACCACAGGGACCUGGGCGCGAACACCCGACACCGACUCAAAAAACUUGAAUAUCGCAUCGCUGUAUUUGGAGGCUCACAGCCUGAGUUCUGUCACUAUUUCAACCCCAAGGACUCCAGCUUUAGAAAGAUUGGUGGCAACUUCAAAAAGCACAACACCGCCACGGCUGUCUUCUGGGGCAACGCCGUGUACUUUUUGGGUGGUUCACGGACGUGUUCCAUGGAAUGCUACAAUAUUCUGAAAAACAACUGGUGCUUCAAGGUGGGUCCGCCCACACCUCGGAACAACCUGUCUGCCUGCGCUGCCAGUGGCAAGAUCUACACAUCUGGGGGGUCAGAAACAGGUGGCUCAGCCCUGGGCCUUUUUGAAUGCUACGACAUCCGGACAGAGUUAUGGCAGGUCCAAACCAGCAUGUUGACGGCCCGCCUCUGCCACGGUUCAGUGGAGGCCAAUGGACUCAUUUAUGUUUGUGGAGGAAUGGUGGGCAACAUAGUCUCUGGGAGGAUCCUCAACAACUGUGAGGUCUAUGAUCCUAAAACACAUCAAUGGAGGGCGUUGUGUGGGAUGAGAGAAGCCAGGAGGAACCAUGGGUUGGUGGUUGUCAACAACAGGAUCUAUGCUGUUGGAGGGCUGGGGACACAGGGUGGACUGGAUUCAGUGGAAUACUACAACAUUGCUACUAAUGAGUGGUGUGCCGCCUCGCCGAUGCCAUGGAGAGGUGUAUCUGUGAAGUGUGCGGCGGUAGGGGAUGUCAUCUAUGUGCUGACAGGCAGGGGGCAGUUUGCAGAGCGACUCCCAAAUGUAAUGAAGUACCACACUGAAACAGACAGGUGGGUGACGUGCAGCAAGACGCCAUCGUUUCUCCACAAUAACUGCCUGAUCUGUGUGGUCGGCAUAUGAAGAGUCAAAGACAUGGAGUUCAUAGACUCUCAGCCACAACUACUGCCUCUUUAUCUAUAUCAUCCUCAUAGGACAAGAUCAAAAUUUUAUAUAUUGUAUAUAUUAAUUUGUGAUGUUUGACAGUUGUGACGGGGCCUGUCUUUUUAGAAAGUGUCAGUCAUUCCUAGACAACUCAUUGUAAUGUGAAAAUGUGUAUGUUUAUUGUGCAAUAAACUUUUUUUUUUUA